UCUCGGCUUUGUAUCGCCGUUGCAUUCAUUCUCCUCCCACAGGUUGUCGUCCUCCCUUUGACAGUUGUUGACACCAUCGAAACCACUAUGAAUCCCGAGUACGACUAUCUUUUCAAGCUCUUGCUCAUCGGGGAUUCUGGCGUGGGGAAGUCUUGUCUACUUUUGAGAUUCGCUGAUGAUUCGUAUGUAGAAAGUUACAUAAGCACUAUUGGAGUCGAUUUUAAAAUUCGGACUGUGGAGCAAGAUGGGAAGACGAUUAAGCUCCAAAUUUGGGAUACUGCUGGUCAAGAGCGGUUCAGGACAAUUACUAGCAGUUACUACCGUGGGGCACAUGGAAUCAUUAUUGUCUACGACGUCACAGAUCAAGAAAGCUUCAAUAAUGUGAAGCAAUGGUUGAGUGAAAUUGAUCGUUAUGCUAGUGACAAUGUGAACAAACUACUGGUUGGGAACAAGUGUGAUCUUGCUGAAAACAGAGCCGUUCCAUAUGAAACAGCAAAGGCAUUUUCCGAUGAAAUUGGAGUUCCUUUCAUGGAGACUAGCGCAAAAGAUGCUACAAACGUGGAACAGGCUUUCAUGGCGAUGUCGGCAUCCAUCAAAGAGAGAAUGGCAAGCCAACCAGCAGGGAACAAUGCAAGACCUCCGACGGUGCAGAUCAGAGGACAGCCUGUUGCCCAGAAGAAUGGAUGCUGCUCAACUUGAUUGCCUAGUCAUAUCCCCAGCCUUGGCUUCCAACCUUAAGUCAUCAUGCCAUUAUCUAGGGAAAAAAAAAAGUGUUUUUAGAAGAGUCGUUUACAAGUGUUCUCAGUUCACGUCUUGAACUUUGUUCGUAAUAUUUGCUUUGUAUAGGGCCGUGCCUAUAGGCCCAGGUUUUAAUAAAAUUUUGUUUGAAGCGUGGUUUAAAACAAACUAAAAUGUUAAGUAAACAAUAGAAUAACACAAUUAGGGCAA